AAGCAACAAAAGGUUGCCACCCCGAUGCACACACGUGCUAAGAUUCGUGUCGUCCAUAAACAAAUUUAAAAUGCCGCCACAGAAAGAAGUUUCCACUGAAGAGAUGUGUCCGGACAUUGAGAUCAUUGUGGGCACCUACGAGGAGUACCUACUGGGCUACCAGAUUGUGGAGGAGGAGGUCAAAGACGAGACCAAGGUGCUGCUGAAGCAAACGUUUGCAGACAAGUCCCAUGCCGGCGCCAUCAAAUGCAUUUCGGUGCAGGGCCCUUGGGUGGCCAGCGGUGGGAGCGACGAUCGCAUAUUUGUCUACGACAUGCGCCAGCGGAAGCUAUCCCAAGUCCUGCUCUCGCACAGUGGAACCAUAAACGCUCUGUCCUUCGCCCCGGACAUGUCGCACCUCUUGUCGGGCAGCUCCGAUGGCCAAUUGAAGGCCACUCGCGUAGGUAGUUGGGCCGUUGCUGGGGACUGGAAGAAGGCGCAUGCUGGCACGCCCAUCACACACAUUAGUUGCCAUCCCAGCAGCAAAUUGUGCCUCUCCCUUGGCGGUGAUCGCAUUCUGAAUACCUGGAACUUGGUCAAAGGCCGCGUCGUCUACAGAACCAACUUAAAGAGCAAGACCACCUUGGGUGGGGCACCCGACUGUCUCUCCUGGUCUACGGAUGGCGAACACUUCACACUGACUGGUCAUCAGGUGCUCGAGAUCUGGGACAUAAAGACGGCCAAUGUGGCGAGGCGGGCAAAGACCCCAUCCAGGCCGAUAUGUGUGGCAUGGCUGGGCGAAACGGAAUGCCUGUCGGGUCUGGAGAAUGGCAGCAUCGCUUGGAUAUCCCUCACGGACGAUAAAGAGGCUGAGCCAAAGAUACUGCCUGCACAUGCGGCUCGUGUCAAGGCCGUGGCUUGUCUGAACAACACACUGGUCUCAGUGUCCAGUGCUGGCGAAAUCAAAGUGUGGCGCUGUCAACUGGAGAAACGCGAACUAACAUUCAUGGCCAGCACGAGUAUUGGCUGCCGUCCCACCAGCCUGGGUCUGGUCGAUCUCUCGCUGAUCGACAGCAGCGCUGCUCGUCCAAAACAGAGCCCUGCAGUGCCAGUCGCCACAUCGAGGCCAAGUGAAGUCGAGCCGGCCGCGGAGAUCGAUGUACCAAAAGGUUUUGUCACCAUUGAGUUUGAUGACGAUGCCAAGCCGCCGCCGCCGCCAACACCGAAGAAAGCAGCCAAAAAAGCACAGAACGCAGCCAAGAAGCCCAAAAAGGCGGAGAUUGACUUUGACGAAAAUAGCAGCGAUGGGGAGAGCGAGGCUCUCACCGACAGCGAUAGCGACAACGACAGCAACCCGGAGCCAAUACCCAAAAAAGUUACAAAAAAGCCCAGCAAAGCAAAAGGCUUUGUGAGCAUCGAGGACGAUGAAGAUGCCAAUGCGAAUACAUCCGAUGACACUGAGGCAACGCCACAGCCCAAGGCAAGGAAAUCAAAGCAAGCCAAAAAAGGAACCAAACCUAAGGCUGAGCAGAACACUGAUCAAAGCAGCAGCGGCAGUGACCGUGACAGUGCACCCAAACGCAAGCAGCCGCCCAGCCACGCCCCCGUCAAACGCAAAGUGAAAAAACAAACACGAUAGAAAUAUUGUUUAAUAUUUUGUUUUAAUUUCGUUUUAAUUUGCUCUGUUGACAAUUAAAAGUAGUGGCUUAUCAAA